UUGUCAGUUUGCAGGGAGAAGUAUUGGAAACAAUUGCACGUCGUAGGCUGUUAGCAGAGAAGUUAACAUAGUUAUCAUUGUUGAAACUAUGACUGUGGAAUUAGGAUUUAAAUCAUUGCUAAUUAUGAACUAAAUUCAGGACUAAUAUAUUUGAGAUAUGGUUCCUUUACUGUAGUUCGAGAGAAAAGUUAGAGAAAAUCAUGGUCCUCACAAAAGGCUAACAAGAAGCUAACCAUGUUGGAUAUGAAUAAUAAAUAUAGAAAUAGUGUGUAAUCGCUUUAAAUCCUAUCUCAGCUUAUUAAGAAUAGGUACAAGUACAGAUUGUGAACUUUACGAUUGCUUGUUGAAGUUGUGAAGUGUUCUCGGCAGCUUCACUUGGGGGGAUGUCGUGCAGAGGUGCAGCUGCCCGGGGGGGCACCCAUUGCCUGCAACCACUACGAGCCACUGUCCCAUUCCAGCUUCACAGUAAAGCACAACCGCGCUGCAAAGAUGCCAAAACGGGUGACCGGAACAAGUCUCGCCCACCAAAGCCAACCAUUCGUCGAACUCUGUCCUUGGACACCAUUGUGGGUCCAUAUCUGCAGGGCCAGUGGCCCAAGGAGACCGAAGCCCAGGGAGUCAACUGGGUCAAUGACAAGGCCACACAGACUCCCAGCUCCUGGGCAGAGGAGCCUAGGGGAAGAAGAAGUGUUGGUGGACACAAGCGCUCUGCAUCAUGGGGCAGUGCAGAACACCUAAGGGAGGUGGCUAAGCUCAGGCACCAGCUGCAGAAGCGCUCCCGACACGCCCCUAUCUCCGGAGGGCACGAGCAUGCCCACCACCGUGGAGGUCAGGCACCCAGCGCUACACAGACUACACCCCUGAGCCGGCUGGCCCCUCGACUGCGGCGCAGCGUGGAAGGUCUCAACCUGGAGCUGGAGGGGGUCUUUGUGUCAGAGAAACCCGAGGACCAGCACAAGAUCCUUGACGUCCCAGAUGGCCACAGAGCUCCUGUUCCUGCCCAGAGGUGUAGCAGUGGAUCCCAAAGUGAGCCCUCCCCUGCCUCGUUAGACCCCGCCCUCCUCUCGCCAUCUGAGUCUCCAUGCGCCCUAGACCCCGCCCUCCUCUCCGAGUCUCCCAGUCUCAUGGGAGUGCCAGAGCCUGUGGACUGUGAGACCCUGUGCCCAUCCCCACAUCCAGUUGUUCUGGACCCCUGCCUGUUGCAGCCCUCCCCUUCCCCUCGUCCCAACAAGACCUUCCAGAGGGAGCCUCCGGAGGGCUGUGAGCGAGUGAGAGUCGUGUGGGAGGAGCCUAUGUCUCCUUGUCAUAGAGAGCCUCUCUUCCAGGUAUCCUGCCCUGACCCAAACAAGGUGAACUUCACUCCUCAUGGAGGCUCUGCCUUCUGCCCUGUCAGUCUGCUCAAGCCCUUGUUGCCCUCCAUGGACCUUCUGUUCCGCGGCCUGUCAGUCUCACCUGUCACAGGCUGCUCGGUGCAAAGUUCUUCCCCCUAACAGGCGGCUGGGCAUUUGACUACUUUAUUGGACUGCUGCAGGACUCAAUCACCAUGAGAAUAUGGGAUUUAUCCAUGGACUUGGAUAGACGUGGCAUCUCGGCAUCCAUCUCAUUAUGUUGUCUGUGAGAGCACGAACAGCACCAUUUGAGGAUAUCUAAAAAAACAAACAAAAAAUUUUUUUGAAGUAGACCAUGUUGUUUAGCAAAAUUUAAUUUGCUGAUCACUCCUGAAAACCUGGUUUCAGUCAUGACCAGAGGUGUAGUGGGGGUGUGUAGAUUACUUACUGUUGUCAAUGAAAGAGCACAGAGCUGGUUAGUGUUGGACCUUGCACCCAUAAAUGUGUGCAUGCUUGGCUGGUGAUUGUGUACCAAUUAGGGCACUCUUUAAAAAAACUAAAGUGCAUUAAGAUCUGUUUCCUAUGCUUAAUAGUCCUAUAGCUUGCUAACAUCAAUUGCUAUUAUUAGCCUAAUUCUAAAUAAAAUAUAACUUUUCACAAAGUUGCUUGUUUAGUAGCCUAAAGGUGGAUCAGAACAGGAUCUUCUGCUUACUAAUCCUUGGUCUAAUGAAUAAUUAUUUCCCAGAACCAAUUGGCUUACAGUAGUGAUGCAGGGAAUACAUUAGGUGAGGAGUCUUCUAGCUAGUGAGUGGAGUCGGAACUUACUGAAAUGUUAAAUGGACAGAUGUAAUUAUUAUAAGAACCCUAAACAAGUAUUAUGCUCAAUUGUGUUCAGGAAGAUUUUUUUUCCCCCAGUUAUGAUCUUUUGGAUUUCAUGAGUAGCCAGCCUUGCACUGGCUCUUGUUCCCUGAUGUUUGACACAUCUACAUUGUAUAGGUUUUCAAGUUCACAUUAUGCAUCCGUGCUGGAUGUUUAUUUAGUUAAAUUUUUUGUGUGAAAAUCAACAUAGUCCUGCUGUAGGUUAGGUUCAGUCCUUAUAUCCGACAUGUUUAUAAAAAUAUUUUUUAAAACUAUAUGAAUGUAAUGAUUUAUUUUUUUAUGCAAAAUGUCAUAGGCUUCCUAAGCAUAAUCUCCUCCAUGAAAAAUCGAGCACUUAGAUAUGGUAGUAAAUGUAGUUAUCUAGUAUUCCAAGAGUAAAUCGAGUUAGUGUAGUUAGACAUGCAAAUGUUCAUAAACGUAGGUAUGUACUUACUGUAAAUGGAGAUUGUGUCAGGUACGAAUUGUACACAUUUACUCAUUGAAGCCCACAGUAAUGUCAUUUUCUGAUUUUCAAUGUUUAUGAAUUUGGAUAAUGUCUUUAUAUUAUUUUGUAUUGUCCUAUUGAUGUAUUUCACUGAAAACAUCCUUGUGUUUUGCAUAAGGAUGGACAAGGUGGUGGUACUCCUUUUCUAUCUGCUUUUGAAGUUUGUGUUCAUUAUGAUAGACAUCGCCUAUAUAUAGGGCCUGGUAGAAUGGUUUACAGUUACUUUGUGAAUAGAGUUUUAGUAUGCACUGGCAGUGUACUGGUUAGAUUCUAGUUAGCACUCUAUUUAUGACAUGACCUAUCUCUUGCUCAGGUUGAUAAUGAGCUAUCGUUAUGGCAAUAUAGUGAACUGUCAUUUUGAACUGUCAGGUUGGAGUUUGAAUGCUUAUAAUGUCAAACAUGAGCAUGAGCCUCUGCUCCUUUCUGGUGUAAAUGUACACUCAAUCAUUUGAGCUCAGUUAUCUCUUCCCACUGUCGGACAUGUUUACCUAUUGUUUUGUGAUGUAAAAUAACAUUGUAUCAACAACUUGUAGUUUGGUUCGAGUGUUAUUUCAUUAGCCUACUUUCUUGUACAAUUUUAAGUUUUAAACAUUGAAAUUGUUUAAACAUGAUUUAAUUUCACAGUGGACACUAAUACUAAACAGAAGUCAAACCAA